AUGUCUUCCGUAUAUAGAAACGUCCAAAUAUUUCACCGGAAUCGUUUCCCACUCAACGCUGUCGUCAUGGGUCUUCUGGACUAAUCCCCUCCUCAUCACGUCUGUACGAUUGUAUCACGUUCUUAUACCACGGGGAGUUGCCGCUUUGCACCAAUAGGAGCCGAACCCGCGACCUCUAAAUACGUGGUCUAAAGACUGGUGCCCGCCAGCGAAAGGGAUCCGUCCUCUGAGAGGAGAGCAGAACGCCACAUAGAGGACAACGCCGUGAAGAAACAAUGGAGACCAUUCUGCUCUUUCUCCUCAUCCUUCCUUGCGCAGUUCUUGGCCAAGGCUGGACCAGAUGGUUUAACGUGGACCACCCUACCGGUCACGGGGACUACGAGCGGCUGGAGGCGGUGCGGUACUACCAUCCCGGGGAGGUGUGUGACAGUCCCACCGAGGUGGACGCCAGGACCAUCCUCGGGAUCCCCGCCUACAGAACGGGGGAAAGGUUCCACGCCAACCCCGGCAACGGUUUCUGGUGUCUGAACAGAGAGCAGCUUGGGAACGUGACAUGCUCGGACUAUACUGUUCGGUUCUGGUGCAGGGACUUGCCGAGGAAAAAAAUCAAGACUACUACAACUCCCGAGUGGUCGGCCUGGAGCGAGUGCGGAUCCAGGAGCGGCCGCUGUGGCGCCAAGAAGCUGCAGACGAGACAACGUAAGCAGUGUUUCCAAAGCGAAGUCAAGUGCUCUGGGCCCGUCGUACAAGCUCGCAUUUGCGGCAGGGUUAAAUGCUCCCCUAUAGAUGGGGGCUGGACAGACUGGGGAGAGUGGUCCAAGUGCACGGCGAAGUGCGGGGGUGGGGUAGAGGAGCGGCGGCGGACGUGCACCCAACCCACCCCGCGGCAUGGCGGGAAACCGUGCGGGGGGAUCAGCUCACAGCAGAGGGUGUGCGCUGACUGGAAGUGUCCAGAUUGUUCCCGGAAGUGCACUAUGGGUAAGCUGAGCGAGGGCUGUGACUUCUGCGAGUGUCCUGGUCACGUGAUGAAGGGCAGGGUCACUGACCCCAACAAACGUCCGGUGGAGAAGGCGCGAGUGUACCUGACGGAGAAGCCUUACGAGCCUGUCACAGUAACGGACGAAAAGGGACGGUUUCAAAUCGAAGACGUUUGUUCUAACGGCGAGGAGGUUCUGAUUAAGAAGGAUAAGUACGUCCCACUCCGAGUCAGGGCGCAGAACAAGAGACCCACUACGUCAGAAGUCCGCGUCGUACUUUUUCCCUCAGGUAAACCGACGAUAAUGCGGCACCCUCAGAACAAGGCCCGGUUUGUAGGAGACAGCGUUACGUUCUGCUGCGAUGCGAAGGGAGAUCCUCCACCUACACAGUAUGAAUGGUUUAAGGACGGCAAACACAUGGACAAGUCCAAGUUCAACUACACGACGCUACAGUUGCCUGACGUCACAUUAAGUGACGCGGGUCAGUACCGGUGCAGAGCUACGUCAGAGUCGGGAUCGGUCUUCUCCGGCAUAGCUACUCUAACGGUCAGAGACAAGUCUGACGGUGCUUGCAGUGCAACACCCGCGGACCACUUCAUCCAGCUGCCCAACGACUGUUACCAGGAGGAAACUGGCGGUCAUUACGCCAACGUGGGGAGGUGCGAGGCCGAACCCUGCCGUGGGGAGGCCAGCUCAGCCGGCUGUAAGGAGGAAGUCGAAUACUGCUGCGGCACCAUCAUGUUCGAGCAAAAGACGAUUCGCUGCAAGGAUUACCAGUUACCGAUACGGGUGGCGAAGACCUGUGGGUGCCGGUUCUGUGUCCGCCCGAAGAUCACCAUCAGAGGUCGCGCUGUUGCCGGCGACGAUGGCGAACCGCUUCGCUUCGGUCUCAUUUUCAUGGGGAAAGAAAGAGUCGCCUUCACCGGUUUUCACGGGACCUUUUCUUUUGACAUUCCCAGCGAAACAGACAGGCUAGCGGUAACGUUCGUCGAUCGUUCAGGGAAAUUUUUAGACUCUACUAAAAUUCUCCCAUUCAAGAAAAAAGGUGGCGCCAUCUUUCACGUCGUACGGCUCCAAAGAAAAGCGCCCCCUAUCGAAAUCGAUGCAGACAAAGAAGUCACAAUCGAACUCAACGAUGUCAAAGACAGAGAUCCGGUGGCCGAAGUCGACAUUCCUCCAGAAAGGUUUUACACAAGCGACGGGAAAAAAUAUCACGGAAAAGUCAAAGCUAGCAUCACUUUCUUGGACCCGCGAAACACCACGAACUUUCAACAGGCACAGAGCGACUUGAAUUUCAUCGACAACGAAGGUGAGAACUUUCCACUUCGGACAUUUGGGAUGUUUGAUAUGGACUUCCGUGACGAGCAAAACAGUAGGCUUCAAGUUGGCGGCAAGGUGGAUUUCUUUCUGGAUCCCUCCCAGUUCAACCUGCACCGGGAUACAAACUUGGAGGACAUCAAGUUGUGGUCUUUGAACCCUGAGACGGGGAUUUGGGAGGAAGAGGUUGGGUUCAAACCGCAAAGCGUCAAACGGAGAAAACGUGAGUCACGUGUACUACUUGUUGGAAACACAGAAAUGAGGGAAAACAGGUUGUUGAACUUUGACAUGCCGACGAGGCGAAGGUGUUGGGCAAAAGUUCGCGCCUUUAACGACGAAAACUUUGAGAAGAUGGGUCAGGUAGAGGGUGUGACAAUCACCUUGAUUAACCUUGACCCCAAGGAAGGGUACUCGGCCCCACCCCCGUCCUGGGGACGGUUUGAGAGCACUGUAACAGGGCCAAACGGCGCGUGCGUGUUUGCGUUCUGUGACGACCAGCGCGCGGAUGCCUACACUGGUCAGAUCAUCGCAGAGAUCGACGAAGAGAUUCUGGCGGCGGCGCCGUCCAACCCGGCCGACUCGGACAUGAUCGGUAUCACUCGGGACGUGCUGACGCAUCUAGACUACAAGCGAAGUGAUCACGACGACCCGAAGGCCAAGCCGAACGCCAUCUUCACCAACCUGCCCAAGCCCGGCCCUAACGCAGUGUGGUACGGACAGGGACCUCUGUACGCAUGGGACGACAAGGACAAGUGUGAAAAUGCCAAAUAUGAAGACAAUCACUUCAGGUUCUACCGUACCGAGGGCAUGCAGUAUGAGUACAACUCCGUGUUCUUUGACCAGUCGGACCUGAUGUCCUGGACACCUGACCACAUGUCCUGGUGGCCAAAUCCGCUAGAGUUCCGUGCCUGCUACAUUAAGGUAAAGAUCAUGAGUGAUGAUCGGGUCACGGUGCGUACGAUCAGUUCCGGCGGUACCCAUCCCGUGACGCGGGGUAAGAUCUACGGGCUGAGGGAUGACCAGUCGACCGGCUACGGCAAUGUCUCCUCCACCUGUAUCGAGUUCAAGUGCGCCGGGAUGCUGUACGACCAGGACCAGGAGGAUAAAACCUUCGUUGAAGUCGUUCCACAAGGAAACUGCAGACGUAUCCGAGUGAAGGCAGAGCUGGAUGAAUACCUCCGCGUCCACCCGCCCGUUCACGAGCAGAAGUCCGACAGACGUUUCGCCUUUUACGCGCCGCUCGACCAGCUGGGCCACAACUACGGCAUCUACACCGUGACGGCACCGGACCCUUCAGUUGCCAAGAAUACCGCUGUGGGGCGCUGCUUCAAGGGCUCUUCCGACAUGACCGCAAACGUCAUGUCGCCACGUGACGGCGUCGCUGUAGUAUUCAUGUGCGCAAGGAAUUAAAAAGCUACAUGUUGGCGCGCUGUAUUUUCUUUGACACUUAGCUGAUUAGCAUAUCAAGCAUUACCUUUUAGUGUGUCAAUCUUUGCACAACAGUCUAUUUUUAUAGCUUUUGCGACAACAAAACAAAUAGUUGUUUUGUUACCCUUGUUCCUCUUGUUUAAAAGCUGAUUUUCACUGAGUUCAAGUUUGAAAUUACGACUUUGGUGUUUUUAUCAUAUUCUUAAGUACUGUGAAUUUGGGAUUGUCUGAGACUUCAGGUACCUUAAUAUGUUUAAUAAUUUUGUAGUUUCUUUUACUAAAACGAGGCAUUAUUUAGUAUUCAAUAAGUUCACAAUGUAGUCGAAUACGUAGUAACUGUGUCGUAUAGAUAAUAGUGUUCAUACUAAGCUAUGAAUGUUCAUAAAUCAAUUGUAUACUUAGUAUUAAACUACAGUAUCAUACUAUACAAUGAUGAUGGUGCUCUCAACAAUACACGAGACUGAGAGUAAGUAGAAUUUUUGGCGACGCUUUCAGGGAGCGAGCUUAAUAGUAUUGUAUUGUUGGUUGCUUUGAAUUUUUAGAUCCCUUUCAGUAUCAGUACUGAUGCACCAUGUGAUGGUUUAGUCCAUCAAAACAUCGCUUCUAUGAUGUAAAUAUGUAUAACCUCACUCUCUAGUAAUAUAUCUAGACCUAGGGCAUGUAGACCCUAUAAUAGAGGUAACAAGAUAAGAUACUUGCAAGAUUUUUUGAGGAAAAAACAGAAGUACCCUUUUCCAGACAAAACACUCAAAUCCUCUAGCCUUGCUUCUUUAAGUUCUAAGCAAGCUCAAUGGGUCUGGUUUUUCUUCUGUUGGUAUUACUUUACGCUCUACUGCACUUACUCAUUCUAUUGCUUUGUGAGGCUGGAAACUAUGAUCCAAGUGCAAUAGAAUCGAUUUGCCAUCAGAAAAAAGUCAGGUCCAAAGAGCCUGGUAAGGAGGUUACAAAAUGGUUUUUGGGAAAUAUCAAGAGAAUUUCAUGUUAGAAAUUAAUCAUUUUUAAAUUUUCGUUACCUUCUCCCUGGUGGGGUAGCCUUUUGGUGCUAAGCUUUUAUAAGUGUUACAUUUAGGCAGCAGGGAGAAUGGUAGAAGUAAGAAGAACCUAAAUGGAAAUCAGAUGCUUCUGUUUUGAAUUGAUUAAUCUUGUAACUGUCCUUCUCCUUUGAUCUGUUGACCUACACCAUAAAGGUGGGUAAAUCCUUUGUGGUGUAACUUGAAAAGUGUGAUAGUUUAAGUAGGUGUUACACAAACAUGAAAUAGCCAUGUCGUUAUAAACAUAAAGUUGUCUUUUCUAUUAAAUAUUAGGCUAUUAUUAA